GGGUUGCUUUCAACCAUGAUCUUCCUCCCUCUUGCCCUUGCCCUCCUUUCUUUUGCCGAGGCAUCCCGUAUCCACAAACUCAAAUUACACAAACUUCCCCCCACCACAAGUAACCCACAGUUUGAGAGUGCCUAUCUUGCCGAGAAAUAUGGCGCAAGUGGCAGCCAGCCUCAAAUGCCCUUGCUGGGCGUAGGUGGUACAGGGCGUCGUGUCGCCAUGCAGAACGGAGAACCUCUCUUCUGGACACAGGAUGAGCUGAAGGGUGGUCACAGCGUUCCCCUAAGCAACUUCAUGAAUGCGCAGUAUUUUACCGAAAUCUCUAUCGGAAACCCUCCUCAAUCUUUCAAGGUCAUUCUGGACACUGGUUCGAGCAAUUUAUGGGUUCCGAGCGUGAAAUGUACCUCAAUUGCAUGCUUUUUACAUACCAAGUAUGACUCCGCCUCGUCAUCCACGUUCAAAGCAAACGGCUCCGAGUUCUCCAUUCAUUAUGGUUCAGGCUCCAUGGAGGGCUUUGUCUCCAAUGAUCUUCUGUCAAUUGGCGACAUUACCAUCAAAGGUCAAGACUUCGCUGAGGCGGUGAAAGAGCCCGGGCUUGCGUUUGCUUUUGGAAAGUUUGACGGGAUAUUGGGUCUUGGUUAUGACACAAUCUCCGUGAAUCACAUCAUCCCUCCGUUUUACAGUAUGAUCAACCAAGGACUUAUCGAUUCCCCCGUGUUUUCGUUCCGUCUUGGUUCCUCUGAAGAGGAUGGAGGCGAAGCUGUGUUUGGAGGAAUUGAUGAAUCUGCUUACAAGGGGAAGAUCACAUACGUUCCAGUACGUCGUAAGGCCUACUGGGAGGUUGAACUCGAGAAAGUUUCUUUUGGCAAUGACGACCUUGAACUCGAGAGCACUGGUGCUGCCAUUGACACUGGAACAUCCUUGAUCGUUCUGCCCACUGAUAUCGCAGAGAUGCUGAAUACUCAAAUCGGUGCAAAGAAAUCGUGGAAUGGCCAAUACCAGGUUGAUUGCGCCAAGGUUCCCAGCCUUCCAGAACUCUCCUUUUACUUCGGUGGCAAGCCUUAUCCUCUCAAAGGAACUGAUUACAUUCUUGAAGUCCAAGGUACUUGUAUUUCGGCCUUCACUGGAAUGGACCUCAAUCUUCCUGGUGGUUCGCUAUGGAUUAUUGGGGAUGCCUUCUUGCGCAGAUAUUUCACCGUUUAUGAUCUUGGUCGAAAUGCUGUUGGUUUCGCUGAAGCGGCCUAGGUUUGCGGCGUAGCAUUCAUCCCAUUCUGGGUAAUUUACGUAGUUAUCGCUUUAGCUGGCAUUCCCAUUUCUUGUGUAAAGUUUCAAUUUGUAUGGAAUUUGAAUGAUGUUGCCCAAAAAA